GGGGCCGCUGGGAGCGGAAGCGGCUAGAACUCCGGCUCUCGGGACCGAAGGGCUCCUGUGGCAGCCGGGUAAACCCUGAACCCUUCCACGUCCAGUCUUUGAAAAGAAAUUCUAGUUUCCCUCUCCAGGAACUAAAGUGACGAGAUGCUAGGAAGACUUUUACCGUCUCACAACUAUUACCAGAAUAAACCCAUUAACAGCAGGUCGAUGCAGGCUCCCUGCCAGCUCAGCUCUCCAUUCGGCUGGCCAACCCCCGACCUCAGUGUGACUGCGCCUCCAAUGAGUCAAAGUGGCGGGACCUCGGAUAGAUCUGCAAGUCACCCGCUGCAGCAGGAGCACUGAACCAUGAGCUGUUCCAAUAAUAGCAUCGCGACUAAAGAUGGACCAAUGUGAUAAGCUCAGUAUUUUGUGGGACAAAGAACGCAUUUAUGAUGAGCUGCCACCUAGUGUCAGAAAAUGGGAGGCAGUAACCUUUGAAGAUGUGGCUGUGAAUUUCACCUUGGAGGAAUGGGCUUUGCUGGAUUUAUCCCAAAAGAAGCUCUAUAGAGAUGUGAUGUGGGAAAAUUUUAGGAAUGUGGCUGCUAUAGGAAAAAACUGGGAUGACCAGCAAAUUGAAAAUGAGUACAAAACUUGCAGGAAAAAUGAAAGAAGUGAAGAGGUAGAGAAAUGCUGUCGAUAUAAAUUAUGUCAAAAACAUGGUGAAACUGUUUUUUGGACUUCAGAUACUAAUGUGCACAUGAAAGCAGUUGGUACCAAACCAGGUGAAAAUCUUGCUUGUCGAAAGCCACCAAUGAAUCAUUCAUUCUCUGAUGUGCCCAUCAUGACUAACACUGGACCGAAAAUCUAUCAAGGAUAUGAAGAGAAGCUCUCUAAUAACAGACAUGGAAAAACCUCCACUGACUUCCAGUCCUUUCAGAAGCAUACAAAGACAAAUCCUGGAGAUAAACCUUAUGAAUAUAACCAAUGUGAAAGAUCCUACUCUGAAGGCAUUGAAGGAAGUAACACUGAAGAGAAAUCCUUUGUGUAUAAGCAAGAUGUGAAAGCCUUCAGUGCACCCAACUGUGUUCAGAUCUGUGAAAGAAGUCACAGUGAAGUGAAUACCUGUGUAUGUAUACAAUGUGGAAAAACUUUUAAUUCUCUCCAUGAUAUUCAGAUACAUGAAAGAGCUCACACUGGAGAAAAACCCUAUGUAUGUAAGCAAUGUGGGAAAGCUUUCAGCACACACAGUCAUUGUCAAAGACAUGAAAGAACUCACACUGGGGAGAAACCUUACGUGUGUAAUCAGUGUGGGAAAGCUUUCAGAACACAUAGUAAUUGUCAAAUACAUGAAAGAACUCACACUGGGGAGAAGCCCUAUGUUUGUAAGCAAUGUGGGAAAGCCUUCAGCAGACAAGACAAUUGUCAGACACAUGAAAGAACUCACACUGGAGAAAGGCCCUAUAUAUGUAAGCAGUGUGGGAAAGCUUUCAGAACAUACAGCCAUUGUCAAAAACAUGAAAGAACUCACACUGGAGAGAAGCCCUAUGUAUGUAAGCAAUGUGGUAAAGCCUUUAGCAGACAAGGUAAUUGUCAAAAACAUGAAAAACUUCACACUGGAGAGAAGCCUUAUGCAUGUAAGCAAUGUGGAAAAGCUUUCAGCACACUUGGUAAUUGUCAGAUACAUGAAAGAACUCACACUGGGGAGAAACCCUACAUAUGUAAGCAAUGUGGGAAAGCUUUCAGAACACAUGGUAAUUGUCAAAUACAUGAAAGAACUCACACUGGAGAGAAACCUUAUGUAUGUAAACAGUGUGGGAAAGCUUUCAGCAGACGCUGCACUUAUCAGAAACAUGAAAGAACUCACAUUAGAUUGAAUCCCUACGUAAGUAACCAAUGCGGAAAAGCUUUCAAUACACAUGGAAAUUGUCAAAUAAAUGAAGGCCUCAUGCUGGGUGGAAAUGUUAUGUAUGUAACAAUAUGGCAGUGCAUUCAGUACACAGGGGUACUGUCAAAUACAUGAAAGAAAUGACAUUGAUGAGGAAGCCUAUGUAUAUAAGCUUUCAUAUAUUCCAACACAUUGUAAAAGUAAAAAAGAAGUUGACCUAAAUAUACAAAGUCGUUGCACUGACCUUAAAAGACUGAAAGUACAGGCAAACCCUUUCUUGUAACCAAUAUAAAGUCUUUCAGUACCACCAGGUAUCAUUACAUAUGAAAAUACGUAUAGUAGACUCUGAAAAUAAGUCAGCAAUGUGGGAAAGGUUUUUAUUUUUUUCUGUGUAUUCAAAUUGCAUGUGAGGGCCAGGGAUAUAGCUCAAUGGCACAGCACCUGCCUGGCAAGCUCAAGGUCCUGAGUUCAAUUCCUGGUACCAAAAAACAAAAACAAAAACGAAUUGCAUCUGAAAGGAUUCACCUGAGGGAGGAGAAUCUGAACAUAAGUGAACAGUGUGGGAGCCCUUCCAUUUUUUGCCACUUGAAAUAUGGGAAGAACUCUCACUAAAGAGAAAUUAGGUUCAUAAUGUGAGGAAGUAUUUUGUGAUUCCAUAUUGUCAAAAAAUGCACAAACACAAGGAGCAUCAGUAUAAAUAACAGUAUGUGAGAAAUCUUUUUUACAUGACUUUUCAUGCAAACAUGGAAUUGCAUAGUGAAGAAACUGUAUUAACAUGUAUUUUGUGAGAGCACCUCUAUAACCAUUUUGCUGUUACUCAUUACAAAUGAACAUAGAUUUGUGGUAACAGUUAAUGUAAGAGGUAUGCAUAAUUGUUUAUUUGUCUUACACAUGAAAUGCAUAUUGUGUCAAAACCCUGUGAACAUACAAACUUCUCAAUUAUAGCUUAUAUUUUAAAAGACUUUGAACAUUUCUCAUGUAGAGCAAACCUAUACAAUUAAGUUAUAUGUAAAUGGGUUAUGAAUUAUUUUUCCAGCAAAUACACAACUGGAGAUAGCCUAAAAUAUAAAUAUAGUAAAUUCCCUUUUAAUGUAUAUGUCUGGAUUACAUAUUUCUAAGAUCAUUUUUAAUAAUAAAUGUGUUGACAUAAUUCUGCGUGUUCUUAUAAGCAAUAGUAUGGAGUUUAAUACUAUCUUUUCAGAAAAAUAACUGAUAAAUCAUUCUUUAUUUUGUACCAUGUUAGCUGUACAGGUAAAUUGAAAUGUAUUUCUAAUCAUUGUAGUUUUACCAAUAGCUUCUAUGUAUUUAAACUUUUGAUGCAUAUUGUCUACUUAGCCAUUUUUCUAACAAAGAUAUUUUUAACAGGGUGUUAUUUAUUUGUAAUUAUAAUGUGUAUUUUCAAAAUAAAUUUGUACAUUUGUUUUACAUAGUUUAACUGUUUUCGAGAACUUGUAGAUUGGCAAAUACUUUGUUUUCCUUAUCCUGAGAAGCUAUCUGUAUGUAUCCCAAGAUAAUUACAGAUUAUAUGCAGUACAUAAUUUUGUCUGGUUUUUUUUCUCUAAUACAAGAGCCAUUAUAAUAUGUAUAAAAUUUUACUUUUCAUGUUUGCAUUGCCAUGAUUUAUUUUGGUGGUCAUAAUACCAAAAAUAUACAUCUGUGAGUCCACCAACCACAGAGCAACAGGAUCAUAUCUUUUCGCAAACAAUAUGAUAUAAUGAAUUGUAGUAAUUAAUCUCUCCACAAACUAUAAAUGAUGGUAUGACAGAACAUUCUCAAAGGAAUUUUUGGCAGUCUUGAAAUUUGGGAAAAAUGAUUUCUGUUUAUCAUUAUGAAACAAAAUUCUUUAUUCCUUGAUACUGUGAAUAACAUUCAGUCAUUGGAAACUAAUCUUUCACCCUGGAUUCUCAAAUCAGCUUAGUAAAAAACAUAAUUGACUUAUUUUUAUGAGUAAGAUUGUGUCUUGGUUUGCAACUUUAGAGAUAGAUUUAUACAAUAUCCUUUUGGUCAUCAGCAGUACCCUAUCUGUCUUUGGAAAGAAGUGAUAUAUAUACCUUCGAUCACAUAAAGAUUUGUGCAGUCUCUGAGCCCAUCUCUGGUAUCUUUGCCUUGUUUUUACCUUUUUACUGCUUAACAUGGAAGUAUUUUGUAAAAUAUUCUGGAUUGUUUUCUCUAUGAACACAGUGGCUGCUCAGUUUCCCAUAGAGUUACAUUCUGAUGAGUCCAUCCUAAAGUGAAAAUGUGACAAAUACAUUAAAUAUCUAAUGUGAACAGUAUACCUUACCAUAAUCUAAUUAUAUACUAAGACAGUUAAAUUAGCCAUCUGGUGGACAAUAUCAUAUCAAAUAUUUUGUCUACUUUAUUAUGAAAUACAGAACAUCUCAUGUAAUUCAUAAAAUCAACUGCAUUGUAGAGUACUAUAUGUUUACAUCCUUGAACAAGUUUAUUUUAUUGUAGUUCACUUCUGUUCCUUACUGUAAUCAGCAAGUUGCAUAGUACAUACUGCUUGCUGGUCCAGGCAGAAAUCAGAUAGUAAAAAUAGAAAACCUGGAGCUGGGGAUUUAGCUCAGCGGCAUAAGCACCUGCCUUGCAAGCAGGCGGUUGUGAGUUCGAUCCCCAGUACCAACAAAAAUGAAAAAGACCAAAUAAAUAAAUAAAUAGAAGACCUUUUAUCCUGAGCACAUGUAUUUGCUACCAUCUUAGAAUCAAAAAUCUUGUUUUUAAUUUUAGAUCAUACAAGUCAUCCAACCCACUUAAAAAGCAAACCUGAAACAGAAUUGAAGCCAGCCUGGACAACUUAAUGGGACUUUGUCUCAAAGUAAAUAAUGAAAAACCUGCUGAUGUGGUUCAGUACUUUAUUAAAACUUUAAUAAGGUGCAAUAAAAGCCUGUAUUAGUUUUA